CUUAAAGAUUUUUUAGCUAGUAAUAUUUAAAACAUGGCUGAUUAUAGGCCAUGUGAAUAAAAAAAAGCAUUUCCUUUCACUGACCAUUGUUGGAGUAGUGUCUCAGCUUUACAUGAUUAUGUAAGGCUGACAUUCCUUAAUUGAUUAGAAUUGGAUGAGGUUUAUAUAAAUAACAGUACAGGAGAGCAAUAGCCAAUUGCUCAAAACUAUGGUCACAUCAAGCAUCGACAUCAGGAACUGAUGAUUUUUUUGAAUUCAAAUCACUAAAUCUACAUACAAGCUAGUCAGUCAACAGUCACUAUCGAGUGUUUACAAUAUCCAGUUGUUAAGAAACUUUUCAGAGUUGUUAAUGCAACUAUUCCAUUGUCUGCUCCAAUACUAUACUAUUAAAAUGUUCAUCAUGCAAAACUUGGAGAAGGAUAUAUGAAAAAUCUUGUUGUUAUUAAUAAUUUCAAUUUUGAUGGAAAUUCGAAAAUUGCUGUUUUUAUUUCAACAGUGUGGAAAUACAUUGGGAAUGAAACAUUCACUCAAGAAAAUGUUACAAACUUAAGUAAAUCUGGAAGUCUUCUUGAUAUAACACUUAAUUUAAAAUGGAAAAAAUUAUCAGAAGAGCUAACCAAAGAAAUAAACAAAGAUAGAUUAUGGUAUCUAAAUGAACACAUGUGCUAUUAUCAAGGUUCAAUAACUAAACUAGUUGGCAACAAGUGCACAAUACCUUAUACAGAAAUAAUAGAGUAUUAUUAUAACCUGUGGCAAACUGUUAAUAUGUCUCCUCAAUUUUUCAAUGGAAACAGAAUCAGAGUAACAAAUGAUGAAAACUUAAAAAAUAAUCCUCCAUGUUUUGAUAACAAAGUUUAUGGAAAUCCAAGUUUUUCUAAAGUAGUGAACGAUAUUGAAACAUACAAUUUAAUAAACAAAUCAUUUCCUUUUCGCAUACCUACCUGCAAGGUUUUUGAAAAUGUAACAUUUAUUAGUGAUGACGAUGUUUUUCUCCCCAAAUCUUCUGAAUGGUACAUGCUUGAUGGGCAAUCAGCUGCCACAGGAUGGAGUGUGGCCACAACAAUCGGAAACACAUCGAAACCGAAUGAAUUUAUUUUCAAUUUUACAGUCUUAUUCAAUAAUUGGACAAUUGAUUUUCCCAGAGGUCUCCUCGACGCGUACAGAGAUGAUUCAUUUAUACACGCAGAAUGUUCUCUUGAAGUUUACUAUAUGAGUGAGGAUACGUCUUUAGGAAUAAGAGAUAUAAAUGACCAUCCUGAGUUCUUUGUUAUGAUAAUAACCAUGUGUGCAAUCUGCUUUUUACUUGUUUUAGCGAUUGUUUUUCGGUUUGCUACUGGUACUGGUCGAGCAUUCUCUUCAGAAGUUUGGUCUUACUAUAACAAGAUAAAAAAACUAAAAAAAAACGAGUCAACAUCCGAAGAAAUAAUAGAGCGAAUGAAAACUUCUGCAAUGGAAGAAGCUGGAUUAAGACAACUACACAAUUUAACAGGAAAAUAAAAAAACGAAAUGGGAAAGAAAUUGUACGUUUGUUUGUACGGAUUAUAAUUUGGCGAGUUUAUAAAUAUUUUAA